GCCGCGCUCGGCGAGUUCGGGGGAACGCGGAAGCUGCCGGGAUUUGUCUAUCGGAGGGGGGCCUGUCGUCAUGGCAACCGCCGCCGCUGCCGAGGGUCCGCCGGAGGCCCGGGUGCAAGUAGCCAAACAGGAUCCUGCUGUGGAGACAGCGGAGGAAGCUAAGGAACCAGCAGAAGCAGAUAUCAAUGAGCUUUGUAAGGAUAUGUUUAACAAAAUGGCCACUUACUUAACAGGUGAACUGACAGCCACCAGUGAAGACUACAAACUCCUGGAAAAUAUGAACAAGCUGACUAGCUUGAAAUAUCUGGAAAUGAAAGAUAUUGCUGUAAACAUUAGUCGAAACCUGAAGGACCUAAAUCAAAAAUAUGCUGGUCUUCAGCCGUAUCUGGAACAAAUCAACCUAAUUGAAGAGCAAGUGGCAGCUCUUGAGCAGGCAGCCUACAAGCUGGAUGCCUAUUCGAAAAAGCUUGAAGCAAAGUACAAAAAACUGGAGAAACGAUGACAUUCUACAACAAAAGGACGCUUUUUCCUAAGAUACGAGAAUUGGGUCAUGACUCAGAUUGACUUGUCAAAUUCCUAAGGUUUGAACUGCACCAAACAUGCAAGCUGUUAUUCUGGAAGAGCCGUGUAGCCAGAGGGAUGCCUUGGCUAAGGACUUGAGUGUAGCAGACAUCAGACUAGUAAUGUUGCUGUGUCUAUAUUCCUUCUGAGGCUAGAAAACCUUCCCUUUUCUCAGAAGCCUGUUCUUUUACUGCCUCUGUUAUUGAGCUGUAGUCAAAAGCUGAAAUCUACUCUGAGCUUUUAUGAGUUGCCCUAAGACAGUGUUCACAUUUAAUACUUCCUGAGCUCCAUAUGUCCUAUGGCCUUGUAGAAAAUUUCCUCCAUAGCCUACACUAUAUUCUCCUCUACAGCUGGAGGACCUGAAAUUCCCCUUGUUCCACUGCUUCCUUUUCCUCACUUAGAGCCCUGUGUCUAGUAUAAAUAUUGUGUUUCCAUCUGUACUGUCUAAAGAUCUGUUUUCAGAGGUGUGAGCAUUGUUUUGGAUCCUCUUAAGUUUGUCUUGGUAUCUAGAUUUCUUGUUGAAAGGGGAAUAAUAGUUAUAGGUUUACAGUUAAACUUUUCUCUAUCGCAAAUGUCUUGAAACUAACUCAGAUUGUGUUUCUGAGAACUGAUUUCUCAUGCUUUAUGCAAGUUUAUCCUGUUAAAGUAGCUGAGAACAGAAGCAUCUAACAGUCAUUUUGAUUUAGAGAUCACAGGAGAAGAUGAUAUUUAAGACUAAUUCUGUACUUUGAUGAAAUUCUUUGGAAGUUGAUUAAGUUAAGCUACAUUUGGAAAAAGGCACUUAUUCUGGAAUAAAUUGACAAUUUAUCCUAGAAUAACUCCAUGUGUAGACAAGCCUUAAAUAAAUAUGUAAUGGGCUAGAAAAGCUAAGAUCUUGCAUUAUGAAAACAAGUGGUGAUUCAUAAUCAGUUUCAUUGAGAUAUUUCCCAAUACUAGAAGAUUGUAUCUUGUCUAAAUGAUUUGUAUAGACCUCUCUGCAAGUUAUGGUACUUAUUUGCCUUUUAGUUAUCUAAAAAGCAACCUUUCAAUGGAUGGGACACUGUUAAUAUUUAUGGUGUCACUGCUACAUAGUGUAGGUAUGAGAUAGGAACCAAAGACUCAUUAUCUGAAAAUAAAGUAGUUACAUUUGUAACAAUGGGAUAUGAACAUUACAAGUAAAAGCCAGAUCUGGCAAUUCAUGAGUUUUAGUGAGGUGGUAUUGGAGGGCAGACUAAGCUUCAGGACAAAAAGAGAAUGCCCACACAGACAAUCAAAAGAGGGGCUAACUAUAACAAACUUGUCUUUCUACUACAUUUAUCAAUUUCUUGUUACACUUCUCCCUUUAGAAUAUUUGAUCCUUGGUCUUCUAUGUGUACCCCAUUAAGGAGAAUUAAGUUGUAUUCAGUUUAACACUAAUCGAAGGGUUGUGGACUUAGCACAAUCAGGUCUCAGGCCCUGGUGUGCUACCCUAAGAUAUUAUACUAGAAGAGCAUUUCCCCAACCUUAGCUGAGUA